UGCAACUCAUAUUAAUCCAGACCAACUUUCUAGAUUUCCGCUCCUUUCGCAUUUCGCGUUGGUAGUGAGUUGGUUUCGUAAAAUUGUAGGUGAUUGAUUAUUUGUAUAAAAACAAUGGGUUUCGUUAAAGUUGUGAAGAACAAACAGUACUUUAAAAGAUUCCAAGUUAAGUUCAAGAGGCGCCGUGAGGGCAAGACUGACUACUUCGCCAGGAAGCGGCUUAUAGUACAGGACAAGAACAAAUACAACACGCCAAAAUAUCGGCUGAUUGUACGUCUUUCCAAUAGAGACAUUACAUGCCAAGUGGCAUAUUCAAGAAUUGAGGGUGAUAAGAUAGUGUGUGCAGCUUACAGCCAUGAGUUGCCUCAAUAUGGAAUUAAAGUAGGCCUCACAAACUACGCAGCAGCUUACUGCACAGGACUGCUGCUUGCAAGAAGGUUAUUGAAGAAGUUCAGACUGGACACACUUUACACGGGAACCACAGAGGUGACAGGGGAGGAGUACUGUGUAGAGCCUCUAGACGAUGGUCCAGGAGCCUUCCGUUGCUAUUUGGACGUUGGGCUCAUGAAGACCAGCACUGGCGCUAGAGUGUUUGGUGCCAUGAAGGGUGCUGUGGACGGAGGACUUAAUAUACCUCAUAGCACAAAGAGAUUCCCUGGCUAUGAUGCAGAGGGUAAGAACUUCAAUGCCGAAGUUCACCGCAAACAUAUAUUCGGCCUACAUGUUGCUGAAUAUAUGAGGCAGUUGUCAGAAGAGGAUGACGAUGCCUAUAAAAAACAAUUUUCGCAGUAUAUCAAAUUGGGAAUAAAUGCUGAUGGGAUGGAGACCAUGUAUAAGAAUGCCCACUCAGCAAUCCGAGCAGACCCAACACUGAAGGGUCCUGCAAAGGAGAAGACACCUGUCAAAAAGAGGUGGAAUAGAGCCAAGCUCACCCUCUCAGAGCGAAAGAACAGAAUACAACAGAAGAAAGCUCACUACCUCAAGAGCAUCAAAGAAGAGGCGGAAGCUUAAUUUUAUUGUUGUUCUUUAAAUAAAAAUUUUAAAGAA